AUGGUCACUCCUCCUACCAGCAGCGGUGAUCGAAGCGCGAGAAAUGCGUUCUCCAAGAAUCACAAGCACGACAUGGAGAUCCAGUCGAUAUACCAGAACCAGCAACGCCUACUCGGACAAUUCCAAUACGCGAAGGAAGGUCUGGACGAGACAUCUUUACAGCUCAAUCAAGCGGAGCAGAACAUCUUUCAGCAGUAUGGGGAUGCUGUAGACCAGAAGACGUCCCAGGUAUACACUCCGAAUCCAGACUUGGCGGACGACAUGGGACUAAACAGACUCAGCUACUAGAACAGGCGGCCCGCCAGUCGAUAAUUUCACGAAACAAUCAUGCCUUGGCCGUGAUUUCGAACCUCCACUCCCAGUUAUGCGAACUCGCCAACAAGGUGGAAGGAGAAGCGUUGGUGGCUGCUCAGAAUCGUGUUAAGGAAGUGGAAAGAGAGACCUACUCAUUGAGGAAUGAUGUCCGCCGCUUGACUAAAAGCAAGCAGAACUUCUUGCAGUGUUGCCGUGCUCUGGAUCGGGAGAAGGAGUCGUGCUCGGAUAGUCUACGGGAUGCGCAGGAACAGAUUGAGAUGCACCUUUCAAAGACCGACCGUCUUGUUACGCUGAACAACACGCUUCGCGCGCAGCUUGACUCGCAGACGUCUGAGACCGGCCGUCUUGAUGAGCUGAACAACACGCUUCGCGCGCAGCUUGACUCGCAGACGUCUGAGACCGGCCGUCUUGAUGAGCUGAAUCAGCUGAACAAGUCGCUUCUUGAUCAAAACAAGUCACUGGCCGCGCAGCAGAGCUCGCUUUCCCAGCAGAAUCAGUCACUGGUAUAUCAGCUUGACGUGCACAUCCCAGAAAUCGGCCGUCUUGAGAGACAGAAUAGGUCGCUGAUCGAUCAGAACAAUCAGCUUGUCCAGCAGAAGACGUCGCUCGGGGAGCAGUUUAACACAGAGGCCUCAGAGGUCGGCCGUCUCGGUCGAGAGAACCGGUCGCUUGAAGAGCAGAAGAAGUUGCUUGAAGAGCAGAACCAGUCGCUUGAAGAGCAGAACCAGUCGCUUGAAGCCCGGAACAAGUCGCUCGUCGAGCAGAUCAACGCAGGUGUCUCAGAGGUCGACCGUCUCCGUCGACAGAACCAGUCGCUUGAAGGGCAGAACCAGUCGCUCGUCGAGCAGAACCAGUCGCUUGAAGGGCAGAACCAGUCGCUUGAAGGGCAGAACCAGUCGCUCGUCGAGCAGAUUCAGGCAGGUGUCUCCGAGGCCGGUGUCCUUGGUAAGCAGAACAAGUCGCUUGAAGAGCAGAACCAGUCGCUCGAGGCCCGGAACAAGUCGCUCGUCGAGCAGAUCAACGCAGGUGUCUCAGAGGUCGACCGUCUCGGUCGACAGAACCAGUCGCUUGAAGGGCAGAAGCAGUCGCUUAAAGGGCAGAACCAGUCGCUUGAAGGGCAGAACAAGUCGCUUAUGGAGCAGAUGAGGGAGCAGAGGUCGCAUCUCAAACAGUCGAUUCAAAAGACCCGCGACUCCAACCGCAAGCGAUCAAGCCGCGAUAGCAACAUGAUCGCCGUGCUCAAGAAUUGUAAUCGGAUUCACAAGCAGCGAAUGGAUGAUACGGCCAAGAAUCACCGGCAGUUUCGCCAACGUGCCACAGACAG